AUGCUUUCUACUAGCCAAGUCCACGUUAUUGGUCUGAUUCCAAAGUCCGCCUAUGGCACCUGUCUGGCUCUUGGCCUCGUUCUGCUGGCCAUCUACAUCUAUGACCAAUUCAAUUCGGUCCGCUACCGCCUCGCCAAGGUACUCGCCCAGCAAAUGGGCUAUUUCAAAAACGCCCAAGGCGAGAAAAUGAAAGAACUCAGCUUCAACUCGCGCUUCGUCCGCUUCAGCCAAGGCCACGCUAUGUCCGAGCAAGGCGUCGCCCUCGCCGGCACCGACCCCUACCUGACUUGGAACGACGGCAAGCCCGAAGUGGUCCUCACCCGCCCCGAGCAUGUCAAGGACUUCUUCGGCCGCGAGUCAAAAGGCCACGCGAAGCCGCCACACAUGGGCAUGGGCCCCUACUUCGACCGUGUCCUCGGCUCCAGCGUCGGCGUGCUCAACGGCGACAAGUGGAAGGCCAUGCGCCGCGUCUUCGAGCCGCACCUGUCGCACCAGAUGGCCAUGGCCUUCUCCGCACGCUUCGGACGCGAGGUGGCCGCGUGGAUGGCGGAGCUUCCCGCUGAGUGGGCAAAGGCAGCAGGAGCCGACGGCGCUCCGUUCGUCGUGGACGCGGCGACAGCCUGCCGGUUCUUGCCGUUCAAGCUGGUCGCGCUGGCGCUGUAUGGCGACGCACUGUCAGAGAAGGCGUAUGAACGGCUGCUCGAGCUGAAUGCACUUCAUGAGAAAGUCAUGCUUAGAGCAUUCUUUGGGAAGGCGGAGAGAUCGGAGGUGUUUUCACGGUUGCCGAGUGAGUCGAAGGCGCUGAUGGAUCAAUUUGAGCGGGAGUGGCGGGACUUCAAUCUCGAGAUUAUCGAGAGGGCUGAAAAGGAGAAGCUCUCUUGCCCUGUGGCCAAGAUGCACCCAUCAGUCCUCGACGGCUCCGUCACAGAACGCCAGUUUCUACACACCAUCGACGAGAUCCUCUUCGCCAACAUCGACGUCACCUCGUCCGUCCUCGCCUUCCUCCUCAUCAACCUCGCCCGCAACCGCACCGCGCAGACUCAGCUCCGCGCCGAGAUCCUCGCCAACGCCGCCGACCCCGACGCCUACGUGCAGAAGACAGACACAUUGCUCGAGCGCACAUGCAUGGAAUCCAUCCGCCUCUGCCCCGCCGCCUGGUUCUCCCUCCCCGAGCACGCCACCGCCGACACCACCGUCGGCGGCUUCGCCAUCCCAGCCGGCACCCCCUGCAUCAUUGACUGGUGGCGCCUGAACACGCAGUCGCCCGUGUGGACGAAGCCAGCGUGCUUCGCCGGCGACGGCGACGGCGCCCCCGACGGCACGGCGUUCCACCCUCAGCGCUUCGCGGCGCUCGCGCCGCAGGAGUACCGCUGGAGCUUCCUGCGCUUCGGCCUGGGCAGCCGCAAGUGCAUCGGGAAGAACUUUGGCGGCGUCAUCAUGAAGGCGUUCCUGGUGCCCGUGCUGCGCGAGUGGCGGUUGGAGAGUGUGGGGCUGACGAGGGAAGAGGAGAAGGGGCUGGUCGAGACGAGGCAGGAUCGGUUCGCUGUGACGCCUGAUCGGAGGGUGAGGUUUGUGCCUGUUUGA